AUGACGAAUACGUAUGUACCUGUAGUUAAAAUGCAAGAAUCAUCAGAUGCAAUUGAUCGUUAUAUCAAUGAACAUUCACUUCGUUUAACAUCUGAACAAAAUGAAUUGCUUCAAUAUUCAAAUUCACUUCCAGGAUAUUUAUCAAAAAUGCUUGGUUCAAUUGAUGAAGCACAAUUUUUUCAAGUUAUUCUUCAACUUAUGAAAUGUAAACGAUGCAUCGAAAUUGGAUCAUUUACUGGUUAUACAGCAUUAACAAUUGCAUUAGCUCUUCCAUCUGAUGGUCAAUUAAUUGCAUGUGAUAUUAAUGAUAAAUAUAUUCGACAAGAUUUAUGGAAAAAAGCAGGUGUUAGUGAGAAAAUUACAUUAAAAGUUGGAUCUGCUAUUGAAACAUUGAAGAAGUUAUUAGAAGAACAUGGUGAAGGAUCAUUUGAUUUUAUUUUUAUUGAUGCUGAUAAAACAAAUUAUAUGAAUUAUUAUGAAUUAGCUAUUAAAUUAAUACGUUCAAAUGGAUUGAUUGCUGUUGAUAAUACACUUUGGAGUGGAAAAGUUAUUGAUGAAACAGAUACAAGAGAUGAUACAAUAGCUGUUCGCAAAUUAAAUGAUUUCAUUCGAGAUGAUCAACGUGUUGAUAUUAGUUUUUUACGUCUUGGUGAUGGAACAACACUUUGUCGAAAGAAAUAA